AUGGCUCGAACAAAAACAAUGGCUUACAAAAAUCCCAGGUCAUCACCACCAUCAUGUUUAUCAUCUUCACCAUCGCCAUCUCUAUCUCCAGUCCGCUCACCAUCUCCUCCACCAAGACCAACACCUCCUCAUUCAUCCUUUGAAAAAACAUUUUCAGAUUACCUAUCCUCAUCCCCAGAACCAUGUCCUCAACCUCUCUCAACUAAGCUUCCUCCUUUGUAUCAAUGUCCCACCCCUUCAUUUAGUCAAUGCCCACCCCAUCUUCGAAACACUAUGAACCCUAGUUCCAGCUCCUCAUCCUCUCAACGAAGAUCAAUGCUCAUUCAAGCAGGAAUUGGAACUUCUAAACCAAUUUACACAAUUUCUGAUGAUUCAGAACCUUUACCACCUCAAAAUAAUCCCAAAUCACAAACUACUCAUGAAUCCCAUCCCCCUAAACCAAAGUCCCCCCAAAUUUCAAAAUCCCAAGAAAUUCCAAAAACUAAUUCACCAUCCCCAAAAUCUUCUACUAAAAAUCUUCCAACCAAAAUCAAACACACCAAAUCUCAACCCAGAAAACCUAAAUCCAAAUCUCCCUCCACACUUUCACAGUUUUUGGCCUCCCAAAAACUCAAAAUUCCUAAAAAAUCUCAGAAGACCACACCUCAAGAACGAUCUUCACCUCCACUCCAACCUCAAGAACGAUCUUCGAUUCCACCAGAACGAUCUUCGCUGCCACUCCAAGAACGUUCUUCAUCUCAGCUUUCACCUCAAGAACGUUCUUCAACCAAACAACCAACCAAAAAACGUUCUCCUCUUAAAACUCCGACCCAAAAACCCAAAAAAACUUCCACAAAAUCAAACCCUAAACCCUUCACCAAAUCCUUUUCCUCAAAAAUUCUUAUUCCACCUCUGAUUUCUUCCAAAAUCCAAAAAUUAUUUUCUGAAAAGUGGGCUCAACGCCCUAUUGGUAUUGGGAGGGUUUUUGACUUUGAAAAACAUCAAAUCGAAGGAAUCUCCAUCCAACAUCAUACUAAUGCACUUGGCUGGAUUGAUUUCCUGAAAAUAAUUGACUGUCAUUACCAACAAGUCAUUCGAACCUUUUAUUGCAAAGCUGAAGCUUUUGAAGACAAGUCUCUCAUAGUCUCAACCUUGAAAGGUAUUGAAAUUCAACUUGAUCCUCUGAUUCUGGCUGAUAUUUUGAAAUUACCAUCUGAAGGCUUAACAAUCUAUGGAAAAGAUUGGUACACAGCCUUAAACAUUUCCAAAGAAGAAGUGUUCCAAGAACUAUUUGUUGAUGGAUCCACAAAAUGUCUUUCAGCUAAUCCGAAACCCCUGCCAAAACUUUUUAACAACAUUAGCCAACACAUGAUUACUGUGGCAGUCACGAAUUCUUCUCUUAUAAUGAUGCAUUUUGAGAUUCCACUUUCAACUGAAUCCUCAAUUAUCAAAAUUUCCAAAUUCUCCUCCAAGAACCUCUCACAUAUGAAACAGAUUCCCACCAUCCCACCCCUCACCACAACCUGCUUUCAAUCCAUCAUCCACAAGCAAAAGAAAACGAUAUGCCCGAAUCUCUGCUUCCCACACAACAACUUUAGCCCAUUUGUUCCCCAUCACUUCGCUCCCAACUCCAUUCCUCAAAUCAACACCACUUUUGCUACUCUGUCUACUUUUUGUACAUCUGCUACUCCCUCCAACAGCACUCCCAUGGAAGACCAUCAACAUCACUCCAAAAGAACAAAAUUGGAAAAGGAAUCGUCAAGAGCUUACAAGAAUAUUCCCAGAAUUUUUGCUGCUCUUCAAACCAUAGUUGCGCGCCAAGCUCAUCAAGAUAAAGAGCAGGCAAUUCUGCAAGACUGGAUAGCAAAUCAGCUUGCCCCCAAGCUUGGUCUUGAACCACCUAUGCCAAAUCCUCUUCCCACUUUUCCAGACAUCCCUCAGCCUUUUUGUCUCCAUCCUCUGAAGGGUAUUCCCCGUCAUUGUCUUUUUAAAUCACUGCUUGAGUUUUAUUCUCCUGUUCCUUUUUGCUAUGACAAAGGGGGAGAAAUAUCUUAG